UUCAAUCAACAAUCCCUGUUCGGGAUUCCUCGUUCUAGGGUUUCACUCGUCUCUACGGCUGUCCGCCCGGCAGACUCCCCCAUCGAAACCCGUCUCUACGGCGGACGCCCUCAAGUAGGGCCCGCCGAUCUCUCGCUCUCCCUCCUCUCCCUCAGCCGCGCCCAUCAAAGCCAUCAACGCCGCUGCCGCCUCGCGUCGAAGUCGUCGGCGUCGACUCCCUGGUCGCUUUCUGGUUGCCGCUUUGAACCGGUUGAGAAGCGGAACCAAAAAACCGUCGCACGUCGGAACCGUUUCCGGGACCGGUUCUGAUUUGUCCGCGUCGUCGGAUCGGUUUCAUCCCCACGAGUACUAGUAGCGGCCAUUAUUUCGUAUAUCCGAACUGAAGAACUCGAUCGACGAUCAGAGGCAUCGACGGCUCCAACGCUGAUCCCACACGUCAUGGACGGGAUGAACGUCCACGACGAGGAUCCAUCGGAGGACGUGGAGGCGAGGACGAAGCGGCCCAAGCUGAGCGACGAGGAGGAGAUGGUUCCCGCCGACUCUGGAGGAGGUUGGAGGAUCCGGACGCGGAGGAGGUGAAGGAGUUCGUGGAGAAGGAGGCGGCGCUCACAGACUCUGUGCUGGCGCAGUAGGGGGAGAGGGAGAAUCUCCGGAGGCAGAUCACGACGUUGUUCGAUCACCCGCGAAAAGACACCCCCUUCAAGCGCGGGGGCAAGUACUUCUAUUUUUACAACUCCGGUCUCCAGGCCCAGAGCGUUCUUUAUGUCCAGGUCUUUCAUGUGCUGCUGUAACUCAAGCUGAAAAUAUGGAUGCCGAAUCUAGUGCAACUUGCAGUGCUAUUGCUUACCAGCCUUAUGAGGACAUGUCUAAAAACAUCAGACUUUAGCGUCAAGAUGAUGCCAUGGAACACUAUUAUAAACAAGAGGCUAUUAGACUAGUAAACUUUACAAAAACGUUGUAUUCCUUGGAUUCUGUAGAUUUCUACAGGUGCCCGGUGGAUCUGCAUAAAGAGCUGGAGAUGAAGGGUUUGAUCCCACCUAAUUUCAUAGGAGCUGAAGAGUGUAUAAGACUAAGGUGCACCAAAUCUAAUAUCGUGCAUUACUAUGAUACGUACUACAAGUUAGUCGAAAAGCUCUGUGAUUUGGCACCAUAUAUGCAGUGGAAUCAUGAGAUUGGUAAGCAAGUUGAAUGGCUAAAGGAGAAGGGUCAUCUUACAUCUCUCUGCGAUUCUACUAUUUCUGAGUACGAGAUAUGUUUGGCCCUUGAGAACCUCCAUGGACUUUUUUUUGACAUGUACUGGCGGUUCCAUCCUUUGAUAACUGAGGGUUACAGGGAUGAUUUAUUAAAAAUCAUCAAACGAAUGGCUGGAGCUAUGCGACAAAGAGUGAAACAGACACAUGAAGAAUUUAGCAGACUACUGCCUCCCUAUGGUGAUUUCACUAACAAUUUGCUCAACAAAUGCAAGGAGACUUCUCCGGGUUACCAGCAUGUAGCAAAGCAGGUGGCUUUGCAUGGUGAAUUUGACUCGCAUUUAGAUUCAUGUGAGUCAAUACAGCAUGAUAGUUCUAUUAAUGAACUUCUUGAAGAUGAGACGGUGGUGACGAGACAGUUUUCAUUGCUAGAAAAGGAACUUGUUAAGGAAUCCUUGAAUGCCAAAAUUUACAUGCUAAAGAAAGUAGAGGAAGUUGAAUCAUAUUUUACAUGCUUGGAAAGCCUAGUGAGACGAAGACUCGAUGGGAGAGAUGAUUUUGAUAAGUUAGUGCGUGAACUUGCAAAAGAGGGCCUUUUUGAGUUUUCUAAUCUUCCCACUGAUAAACCUCUUCGAAAAAAUUGGAGCCCUGAAUUUUACGAAUUAUUAGAUAAUGCAAGGCAUUCAGCUUUCCCACAUCUUCCGGACCAUUAUGUGAUCAAUGGACUUUUGGACUAUUCGUUCUUUUUUUCCUUAAAUGACGAGCAUCACGAGUCAGAAACUGUGGAGGAUUGCUUGGCAAAAGUGGAGGAACGUUGUGACGGGAAGUGCUUUUUUCUAAGAAAGGUACUUUGGAGGACCAAAUAUUAUACGAAUCCUAUAUACGAGCAAUUUGGGGACGCACUAAAACUGAUAGACUUGCCGCAAAAAUUUGAUUGUGGACUGUGUUGCUGAUCUCUUGGAGCAAGAUUUUUGUCACUUACUGUGUCAAGCUUAUCUGUCACUCUGAGCCUCCUUUGGAUUUUGGCCCCGCACUUUGGUUGCCAAGCCCUCAACAUGGUCUUAAUGCCAUACAAAAUAAUUUGUAACUUUGUAAAAGCUGAUUCAUCUCGUUGGUUUCCGAAUUAAAUGCUAUUUGUGGAAUUAACCAUUAGAGUAGAUAGUAGAGUAUCAUUGAAGGGGAUUCUUUCUUUUGCUGUUGGAGAGGAUCCUCUCUCUUGUUGACAUAGUUGUGUGUUGUCGAUUCUCUUACGUAGUGCUUGGUUGGUUGGACAGUAAUGGGGAUGGUGGUAACGUCCCUACUAUCCAACCUCAUACUGAAGAUUUUAAUGCGCCUCCAACUGGAAUUGGACCGUCCAUGUAUCCUUAGAGGCCCCUUUACUUGGAGGGGCAGUUAUUCCAUUUGGGUAGGGUGGAACUGCUCUCUUCGUGGCAGUAUUUUUCUGUUUCUAAUCACACGAGUACGCCAAACCAAACAUAAGUAACUUACUCAAAUAGAGUUCAUGAGAUUUGGUUUGUUC